AUGGGACCAAGGGCGGUAGCCCAGGGGAAAGCGCUGCAAGGGGCAGGGAAAGGGGAAUUAGGCUUCAACAGCUUUGGAGGAAGUGGAGAGGACGUGAGGGGCGAGGGAAGAGGAGGAAGAGGAGGAGGAGGAGGAGGAGGAGGAGGAGGAGGAGGAGGAGGAGGAGGAGGAGGAGGAGGAGGAGGAGGAGGAGGAGGAGGAGGAGGAGGAGGAGGAGGAGGAGGAGGAGGAAGAAAAGUAGGACGAAGAGGAGGAAGAGGAGGAGGAGGAGAGGAGGAGGAGGAGGAGGAGGAGGAGGAGGAGGAGGAGGAGGAGGAGGAGGAGGAGGAGGAGGAGGAGGAGGAGGAGGAGGACGAGGAGGAGGAGGAGGAGGACGAGGAGGAGGAGGAGGAGGAAAAGGAAUAG